AUUCUGCCGCGCAUACAACCCGAUCAGUGCAGAAAAUUCACAACGGCCAUCACAACUACCGAGCGACUGUGCGAAUAUUAUGCGGUGCGGACUAUUGCUCAAAUACACUCUCACUACUCCUUUUGCUUCUCUCCUUUCUCUUUUCUCUUCUCUCUACACAAUCUUUUUAUUUUUGUAUAAGCUUUAUAUAAUCUGUUUAUAAAAAUGACCAUGUCCAACAUUGACGCUUCAAAGCUCAGCACCACGCUGACGCAGACGCCCAAGGCGCUGUUUGAAAAAACAAGAUGUCAUUGGCAAGAACUUCACCGACCAUAUGCUGUGCAUCAAGUACACGGAGGAUAACGGCUGGGAGGCUCCCGAGAUCAAGCCAUACGGCCCGCUGCAGAUCGAUCCUGCAGCGUUUGUCCUGAACUACUCAGUCGAGACGUUCGAGGGCAUGAAGGCGUUCCGCGCAGAGGACGGCACGAUCAACCUGUUCCGGCCAGAGAAAAACAUGCAGCGUCUGGCCACUUCCUCGCAGCGCAUUAUGCUGCCCGAGUUUGAUCAGGAGCAGUUCCUGCAGUGUAUCAAGGAGCUGGUCAAGGUUGACCAGCGGUUUGUGCCCGACGAGUAUGGCUACUCGCUGUACGUGCGCCCUAACUUUAUCGGCACUGAGCCUAACCUCAACCUGACGUACUCGCGCGAGGCCAUGCUCUACGUGUACCUGUCGCCUGUCGGCCCUUACUUCCCCAGGACCGUCAAGCUCUACGCAAACUCAAAGCUCGUCCGGGCGUGGCCUGGAGGCGUGGGCAACUUUAAGCUGGGUGGCAACUACGCGCCGGCGCUUAAGCCCGCUAUGGAUGUUGUUGCCAAGGGCUACGACCAGAUUCUGUGGCUCCUCGGCGACGACCACUAUGUGACUGAGGUGGGCACAAUGAACUUUUUCAUUUUCUGGAUCAACGAUGAUGGAGAGAAGGAGCUCGUCACGGCGCCCCUUGACGGCAUCAUUCUUCCCGGUGUCACCAGAGACUCACUUCUGUCGCUUGCCCGCCAGUGGGGUGAGUUCAAGGUCUCGGAGCGCAAGAUCACGAUGCCCGAGGUUGUCCGUGCCAUUGAGGACGGCCGCAUGCUCGAGGCCUUUGGCGCCGGCACUGCGUGCGUUGUAUGCUCGGUUUCCGAGGUGUGCUACGAGGAUAACGAGUACAAGAUCCCCGUUGAUCCUAGCAACCCCGACGCCGUCUUUGGCCCUCUGACAAGACGCUUGCGCAACGAGCUGCUCGACAUCCAACCCCUCGUCGUGGGCUGUGCCGGUCUAGAAUAG